CAAUUUAUUAGCAGAGGACGAGCGGAGCUCACUAAUCUAAUCUAAUCUAAUCUAACCUCAACAGUGAUGGAACAAAGACUGAUUCACAUCAUUUUGUUUUCAGGGUUUCUUUCAGUCAUUCUGUGCGACUCACAUGAUUAUGUUCUGAUCCAAGAGAACCGAGCAUGGAACGAGGCUCUAGAUUAUUGUCGAAAGAACUACAUUGACCUGGCGACUGUCCAGACUGAUCAAGAGUGGAACAAAUUAAAAAAGUUAAGAGCUAAAUAUCGAUCUAACGAGCAAUCUAACACAUGGAUCGGACUCUAUGAUGCUGUGAACAGCUGGCGCUGGUCUCUACAAAAUGAAUGCCAGACAUAUGUGAAUUGGGAUAAGGAUGAGCCAAAUAAUUAUAAAGGAAACCAAUAUUGUGUAAUGCUUGAUUCAGAUGGACACUGGCAUGCUGAAAACUGCAGUCGUAAAUGUGUCGCUAUUUGUGAAAAUGAUCAAGGGCCAGUACUAGUUACUGAUGCAGAGAUGUCCUGGAAAACAGCUCAGAGUGUCUGUAGAAAAAUCUUCACAGACUUCUACACAGUCAGGACCGAGAGUGAGAAUCAGCAGCUAACCGAGAUGAUCAAAGGUUACCCAUGUGCCUGGAUCGGUCUGUUCAGAGACUCAUGGACAUGGACUGAUCAGACCAGCAUAAGCUCUUCUCUGCGAUGGGCUGAAAAACAACCAGAUAAUCUGUCUGGCGAUGAAAUCUGCGCUGCUGUCAAUGAGAAUGGUCGGAUUACUGAUGAGCCCUGCUCAAAAAAGUUUUUCUUCUUUUGCAAAAGUUCAAGUAUUUCAUCACUUGUCACAGAAACUGUAAAGCGACAGAUAUUGAGACUGGAGGUGAAAGCUGGUGAUAAUGUCAUUGAUCAAGUGACUGCAGAUGCUCUGUUGAAGGAGGUCCAGCAGAAACUCGGAGAGCAGGGAAUGGCAGCGGAUGUGAAGUUUUCAUGGAGACAGCAGCCAAAUGGAAAGCUGUUCCAAACACUGAAAAAGAAUAAUUAUAGAUUUUCAAAAUGCUCAAAAUACUAGUUAGACUAUUUAUUUUUUCUCAAAAGUUUCUGAAUAUUUCUAAUUUUCUGAAUAUUUCUCAUUUAGGGUCAUGAAAAUGUAUGCAAUGUAUGGACACAUAAAUGUGCUUAGGAAAGGCUGUACAAAUUUUGUUAAAAUGUCAUGCGGUCCUAUUGACUCACCCAUUGGUUUACAUGCAAUUUAUCACUUUGAAAACACUGAAGAUGGGGGGAAAACUGAUAUGAAAAACAAAAUAUGA